GCUCAGUUUUUAUUAUUUUGUUGUGAGUUUUUAAUUGAAUAUGCAGAAGCUGUAUUCAGUGCUAGUAAGGAGGUACAGAAAGAAGUAUGCAUGUUCAUGUCUCAUUAUCAGAUUAUUGCAGCACAAAAUUAUAAUAAGCCCAUUGAAAAUGUGCAGGAUUUAAAAUAUUUUGGAAUGGAAGGGUAGGUGUGCACAUAGGCAUGUAUGUGUGCGCGCGCACACACACAGCCAGCAGGGUGAUUUCAUAAGCCUUCUCUUAUUUUUUCAGCGUAAGGGAAGCAGGCUGAAAAUAGUCCAGAGGCACAUUCAAGAAAGAGACUUGCGAAAUGCAAUUCAGCAUUAAUAUGAUGAUGGUUGCAGUAUUCUUGGAUACUGAAAAGGCAUUUGACAUAACACAGCACCCUGGCCUACUACACAAAUUGUCAAAUUCAUCUUUCCUGUGUGGCAGAAAGUGCCCCCAAGUUGUUUUUUUUCUGUUACUGUGUGGCAAAAUUAGCAGUGACAUAAAUGAAGCACCACUUUUUGUCAAAAACAAUUAACAUCUAAGAUGCGGAUGGCAAGGAGCCGUCCGAAAGGCUGCUUAAGUACUACACAAGCACUCAGUUACUUAUGUCAAGUUUCUUACAGUUCAACACAGAAGAUGCACUGCCUAUUUCCAAAUGUAUGGCUGUCAGAGCCACCUCCAAGUGAGAAAUCUUCCCUUGUUUCCAGGGGCCACCGGAAGGGGACUAGCUAUCCUGGAGAAGACGCGCCUCCCAUUGCCAGCAAGAAAUGUGAGAUCACUGAAAAGUGUAAUCCAGGAUUGCAAUUUCUGAAGAGGAACUUCACUGUGUCUUGCUUCUUGGUGUUUGUUUGCUUGGCUUCUUCCACCAUCAAGAUGGAGGCACUUGCAUCACGUCAUGAUAAUCAUAGAAAUAAAGCAGAUUACAUGGAAGAUAUGAGGGUCAUACUGAAAGUCAUGAGCAACAAUUUUUUGUAAAGUAACAUGCUUUAUUAUUGACAAACCAAAUACA